UGGGCCUUUUCGUCAAAUUAAAAUCGGAGAGAUUACUCACCCGGCGACCUUAUCCCUUUCGCCGGUGAGUCAAUCUCAGAUCUACCCAAAAAUUAACCAACAUGGAGGACGAAGACGAGACUCAAUCUCCACGUGAUUCCCUCUCACCAGCUCCGAUUAUGCCUACGAGCGACGACGUCACGGUCGCCUCAGCGACGAAACGGCCUCCCUCCUCCUCCUCCUCUCAACAAUCUCCGUUGACUUUAACGGUUCACACUCCCUCCGUUACCGUUACCGUUAACAAAAACGGACGAAGCGGAAGCGGAGGAGGAGGAAGAGACGAUUGCUGGAGCGAGGAAGCGACGAAAGUUCUAAUCGAAGCGUGGGGGGAUCGAUUCUCGGAGCCGGGGAAAGGAACGUUGAAGCAGCAGCAGUGGCACCAAGUGGCUGAGAUCGUGAACGAGAGUGGCCAAUGCAAGUACGCCAAAACGGAUGUUCAGUGUAAGAACAGGAUCGAUACGGUUAAGAAGAAGUAUAAGCAAGAAAAGGCCAAGAAUGGGCCUAGUAAAUGGGUUUUCUUCAAAAAGCUCGAGGCUUUGAUCGGUGGUGGUGGCGGGAAGGCUCCAGCGCGUAGUACUAGUAGCUCGGGGGGUCCAAUGAGGUGGCAUUUUAGGAAACGAAGUGCUUCCGACACUGACUCUGACUCUGAUCCUGACCCUCAACCUGAGCCUUCUCCUGAGAGUCUCCCUCCGAAGCGGGUGAAGAUGGAUGAGUCUGGAGUUGGAGAUGUGGCGAGGGCGAUACUUGGGUUCACCCAGGCUUAUGAGAAGGCGGAAACUGCGAAGCUUAAGCUGAUGAUGGAGUUGGAGAAGGAGAGGAUGGAGUUUGCCAAGGAGAUGGAGUUGCAGAGGAUGCAGUUCUUGAAAACUCAAAUGGAGAUAACGCAGAACAAUCAAGAAGAGGAGAGGAGCAAGCGUGACGGUGAUGAUGAUGAUAAUGUUAAGAUUAAUGGCGAUGUAAGUAGCUGACAAUUUGAACACAAAUGUUAAGAUUAUGGUAAUUUGCUAUGAUUAAAAAACUUAUUUAGAUUGCUGGCUUAGGGUUUGAUGUUGUUGUACUUCGUGGGAUAUGUAAAUGUAGAAGUUUAUUGCAGGGGUUCAGAGAACUGUGAUGACCUUGUUGUUGUUAUGUUAUCUUGUCUGAAACAUGUUUCUGUUUUCUUAGAAUCAGAAACAAAGAUUCACACU